AUGACGGCAAUUAAUAUUGCAAAGAUAAAGAGUAUUAGAAGACUUUUCGAGAUCCAAUCCAUAGUUAUUUUGGUUAAAUAUGUUGUUAGUCGUGUUGCGGUGGUCGUGGUCGUGAUUGUGGGUGAGGAGGUUGGUUGGUUGGUAAUGUUAAAGGUGGUGGAGGUAGUAGGAUGGAUGUGGUUGAAGAUCUCUCCAGAAGUACUUUUGGGGUUGCACGAAGAAGAUACUUAUAGUUGA